AUGUCUGAUUUGCAAAAGGUCUUCUUGAAGAGGAUCAAAAAGCAAGAGGCUGCGCUUGGUCUCUCGCUGCUUUCAGAGGAGCCGACUGAUGAGACCGCGGUUAGUAGUGGAUCGGGCUUUUCCGCGAAACUGCCGGAUCAGCCACUACGCGUUGCUGGCAAUGAUGAUGAGAAUGGUGACGAUGACAAAAAGAUUAUAAGAAACUAUGAGAGUUUUCGGGACACGUUCGAGACGGAGAUACUACCGGCUCCAGGCGCAAGGAUCAAAACGUACUACAAACAGGCAAAGAACCCCGGCCCGCUAUUGGUCUGUCAUCAUGGAGCUGGUUCUUCAUCGAUGACAUUUGGCGAGUUUUCACGAUUUUUCUUCCCGGACGAGUCGAUAAGCAUAAUUCUUUUCGAUAUGAGGGGCCACGGCGAUUCUCAAGCUGAGCAGGAAUACACAUUGAACGUCUUGGUGGAGGACGUCAAGGUCGUGCUAGACAAACUCGUGACGAAAUACGCUCCAAAGUCCAUUUUCCUAUUGGGCCAUUCCUUAGGCGGAGCGGUGUUUGCCAAAUACGCAACCGAGAACCCUCAUGCACUCGUGAAAGGGUUGAUCUUACUAGACAUAAUUGAAGAAACGGCCAUUUCGUCGUUAAACGCGAUGCCACAAUUCAUAGACCGAAUACCGCCAAGAUUCGCAUCACUCGACCAGGCUAUACAGUGGCAUAUCAAGACGUUACUCAACAAUCGUGCUUCCGCUGAGAUCUCAGUUCCGCAUUUGUUAAACUUGGAUACGUUGACCUGGAAGACCGAUUUGCGACACACGCAGCCGUACUGGACAACGUGGUUCAAAAACCUCUCGGACAACUUUAUCGCUUUCAAAGGUGCAAAGUUGUUGAUCCUAUCCACGCACGAGUCCUUGGACACGUCUUUGAUGAUUGGCCAGAUGCAAGGUAAGUACCAGCUCGUUGUUUUCAACAACAGUGAGAAAACGGGCCAUUUCGUGCAUGAGGACUUACCGAUGCAGGUGGCGAAAUGCGUGAUUGAUUUCAUCCGCAAAACAACUGCGCCUGAAAAGUUUAUGAAGGAUGAGCUUGGGAUAACUCCCAAAUGGGGAGGUAAGGUGAAUAAAUGA